GAACCCAGGUGUCCUGGCUCCCAGCCCAGAAGAAGGGGUAGCCCUGUUUUUCUGGACACUAACUUGGGCUGUGGGACACCCCCACCAGACUGAAUUCCCUGCCCAUCCAGGCUGGUCACUUAACCUCUCUUGGCCUCAGUUUCCCCAUCCCUACAAUGGGUAGAGCACCCUGCCCUGCCUUGCGGGUGGUGGGGGGUAAAUAGCCUGCGGCUUGUGAGGCACCCAGAGGCCAUGGUGAUGGGGGCCGGAGGAAGCCCUGGGGCAGGGAGGGGCCUGCUGAUAUCACAAUGCCCGGCCCCAGGUCAGAGGUUCCGGGCUGACCCAGAGCAGCAUGGGGCAGUGAUGCUGCCUUGCCAGCAGCGGGCACUGAUGCUGGGAGCACCCUGUGCUGGGGCCAUGGGCCCCCGGGCACUGGCAGUCACGGACCCCUGCUGCUGCCAUGACGUGCCCCACGAUCUCAGCCUCCUGGGACCCCCAAUCCCGACAAGUCAGGCCUGACCCAGCUAGCUGGCCAUGCUGAUGUAUCCACCAGGCAUCGUGCGGAGGACUCCGCACCCCUUCCCCGAAUGCAUCAGCGACUUCGCCUUCGCCGGGUGGAUCCCGGUCAUUGGGGAGCUGCAGAAGCUGCUGGCACGGGGGGAGUACAAGCCCUUGUGCCCUGCCCCCCUCUUUGAGAGCAACUUCCUGCAGGUGACCAAGCAGGGCGAGCUGGUGGAUCUGCACAACCGCGCCAGCCUGGUGACCCUGGGCAUCGCCGCCACCAGCCCCGCCCUGCUCCUGCCCGACGUCAUGAUCAUCGCCCGCCCCACGGAGAGGCCCCAGGGGGAGCCGUUGGGCCCCAGGGGGGCUCACGUCCAGCCGGGGCUGGAGCUGACCCGGCUGAUCCCGCUGGAGCUGGUGAGCAUCUUCCUGCAUGACCUGGGGGAGCAGCGGCUGAAGCUGUGCCUGGCCACGGGGCGAGUCUACUACCUGCAGCUCUGCGCCCCCCGGGGGGAGGAGCGCCCGCUCUUCGCACGCUGGCUGCGCCUCAUCUACCUGCUGAGGGCCCCCCCGGACAGCUGGGCCAGCGUCCCCUCCUGGCACGCCGCCGACCUGCGUGGGCGCAGCGCCAAGCCGCCCCCCAGCCAGUGGCUGCGGCCCAUCCAGGAGGAGGAGGAGCCCAGGGCCCUGAAACCCCAACUUGGGGAGCCCCCGGGCAGCGGGAGCCGGACCCCCAGCCAGGGGCAGCUGAGCGGGAGGCAGCGCCCAGCCAGCCCCACCAGGGGGCAGCAACCCUCCACGCAGAGCGUAGGGGGACGGGGGUCCAGAUGCCCCGCAUCACCCAGCAUAGCAGCCCCGGUGAGACGCUCCCCCAGCACCACUCAACUCCUUGAUGGUCUUUCCGAGUCCCGGGCAAAGGUCGCCAGCCCCUGGACGCAGCAGGGCCCAGUGUCCGGGGAGCCGAGCGCAGAGAGGAACCGUGGCCAGCUGAGCCUGGCCAUCACCCCUGGUUCCCGGAGCCCGGCAGGAACCCCGAGCCAGCGUGGAUCUAGUGCAGCAUCCAGAGCCACCACGGCUCCCGGCUCCCCUGAGCGAUCCAGAGCCUCCGUGGGCGUGGGGCGCUCGGCGGUGGGCACGGCCUCCGUGGGCGUGGGGCGCUCAGCGGUAACCACAGCGUCGGCAGCAGCGGGUCCAUCCAGGCCAGCCAGCACCCAGCCCUCGGGGAUGGGCAGAGAGAUGGAGCCGGGCGAGAGAUCCAGGGAGCCCAGCACGGAGAGGAGCCGAGCCCCGCUGGGCCACGCCAGCCCCUCCAUGGGGCAGGGCAGGUCCCGUUCCCAGAGCCAGCGUGAAUCUAGUGCAGCAUCCAGAGCCACCACGGCUCACGGCUCCCCUGAGCGAUCCAGAGCCUCCGUGGGUGUGGGGCGCUCGGCGGUGGGCACGGCCUCCGUGGGCGUGGGGCGCUCGGCGAUGGGUACGGCCUCCAUGGGAGUGGGGCGCUCGGCGGUGGGCACAGCCUCCGUGGGCGUGGGGCGCUCGGCAUUAGCCACGGUGUCGGCAGCGGCAGGUCCAUCCAGGCCGCCCAGCGCCCGGCCCUCAGGGAUGGGCAGAGAGAUGGAGCCGGGCGAGAGAUCCAGGGAGCCCAGCACGGAGAGGAGCCGAGCCCCGCUGGGCCACGCCAGCCCCUCCACGGGGCAGGGCAGGUCCCGUUCCCGGAGCCAGCGUGAAUCUAGUGCAGCAUCCAGAGCCACCACGGCUCACGGCUCCCCUGAGCGAUCCAGAGCCUCCGUGGGCGUGGGGCGCUCGGCGGUGGGCACGGCCUCCUUGGGUGUGGGGCGCUCGGCGGUGGGUACGGCCUCCGUGGGCGUGGGGCGCUCAGCGGUAACCACAGCGUCGGCAGCAGCGGGUCCAUCCAGGCCGGCCAGCACCCAGCCCUCGGGGAUGGGCAGAGAGAUGGAGCCGGGCGAGAGAUCCAGGGAGCCCAGCACGGAGAGGAGCCGAGCCCCGCUGGGCCACGCCAGCCCCUCCGCAGAGCAGGGCAGGUCCCGUUCCCAGAGCCAGCAUGAAUCUAGUGCGGCACUUGGACCAACCGGAGCCACCGUGACCCCCAGCUCCCACGAGCGGCCCAGUGGCUCCAGGGCUCUCAGCUCUCCGCAGCCAGCCAGCUCGCCCAUAGCUGCUGCUGCACCUCCGGAGAGAUCUCAACUCUCCGCGGGCGUGGGGCCUUCGGAGGUCACCACGCCGGCCCUGGCCGUGGGCCCCUCUGGGCAGAGAAGCCGGAGCAGCUCCCGGUUGGAUCGAGCCAAGAGACAGGGCACGAGAUCCAGGGUGACAGUUGGAGAAAGCAGCAAAGGCAAAGCCCGGUCCAGCUCCCGCAGCGCCGGCCAGAAGAAGCCGUCCAAGGAGAAGAGAUUGGAGUCGAAGGGGAAGUUGAAAUCAGCCCUGAGUUCAGCCAGGCACAGGAGCAGCCUCACGUUCGUGACCAUCUACAGCGCCCUGUCGAACUCGCUGGACAAGCUGACGGGAGGGAAGCUGAGACAGAGAAGGAGCCAGGAAGAUGCCAAGACGCAGUUGUCUUCGAAGCCCUCCAAGCGGGUCACCAUCUCGGGCGUGGUGCAGCUGUCGGGCCAGGGCAGCCAGGAGACCAGCUCCGUGCCACCCUCAGCUAUGGAGAGCAGCGGGGAGCAGGGCCCGGCUGGCUCCGGGGCGGCUCCACAGCGGGAGAGCGGCCCACUGCCGAAGGCGCAGUCUGGGGGAUCCAGAGCCGCCACAGUUCCCAGCUCCCCCGAGGGAUCCAGAGCCUCCGUGGGCGUGGGGCGCUCGGCGGUGGGCACGGCCUCCGUGGGCGUGGGGCGCUCGGCGGUGGGCACGGCGUCGGCAGCAGCGGGUCCAUCCAAGCCGGCCAGCACCCAGCCCUCGGGGAUAGGCAGAGAGAUGGAGCCGGGCGAGAGAUCCAGGGAGCCCAGCACGGAGAGGAGCCGAGCCCCGCUGGGCCACGCCAGCCCCUUCACGGAGCAGGGCAGGUCCCGUUCCCAGAGCCCCAGAGGGAGACCAAGCCAGCUGGGGUCUAGCGCCGUGUCCAGAGAUUCUAGAGCAGCUGGGCCUUCAGAGCGAUCCAGAGCCUCGGUGGCUGCCGGCCCUUCAGAGAGAUCCAGAGCCUCAGUGGCUGCCGGCCCUUCAGAGAUGGCCACGGUGUCGGUGGCCGUGGGUCCGUCCGAGCUGGGGCCAUGGAGCAGCGCCCGGCCCUCGGGGAGGGACCAGCUGAGCCUGCCAGGCAGGGGAUCUAGAGAGCGCAGCAAGACGGGGAACCAGAGUGGAAGCCGAAUCAGUUCCCCGAGCUCCAUCAGGGAGGCUGGGACCCCCGGCACUGUGGCAGCCCUGGGCAUGGAAGGCGAUGAUGUAUCUAGAGAGACAUCCAAAAAGUCCAGAGCCUCUGUGGUUCCAAGCUCGCCAGAAAGAUCGAGACCCAUUUCUCCAGGUGCUGCUGAGAAAUCCAGAGCGUCGGUGGCUCCAGGUUCUGCUGAGAAAUCCAGAGCGUCGGUGGCUCCAGGUUCUGCUGAGAAAUCCAGAGCGUCGGUGGCUCCAGGUUCUGUGGGGAGAUCGAGAGCGUCGGUGGCACCAGGUUCUGCAGAGAGAUCCAGAGUCUCGGUGGCCGCUGGCCCAUCAGAGAGAUCCAGAGCAUCCGUGGCCGCCGGCCCUUCGGAGCUGGCUACGGUGUCGGUGGCCGUGGGACGGUCCGAGCCAGGGUCUCUCAGCAGCGCCAGGACCCCGGGGACAGGUGCUCAGAGGGCUCCCCACGCCGGGAAGAGUCCGUGCUCUGGGGCUCCUCUGGGGAUGGAGGCUGGCGACGCAUCCCCGGGCAGUGCCUCCCUGGGGAAAUCCGGGGAG